CCACUCACCACAUCGCCCCCUCCCCCCCCGGGGGUCUCCAUAUUGAUCCUGGACUUCGAGUCCUUCUCCCAUGACCUGGUGGGCACCUCACGUUCCUUCUCCUCCCUCAACGUCCCCGUCAUCGUGGCGGCCGAUCUCCCCCUUUAUCCCCCCGUCCCCCUCCCCAAUGGGGUCCGGACGUUGACCCUCCUCCCAUCCCCUCAUCUCCCCCCCCUCAAAUUAAACCGCCAUAUUCACACCCAACACGUUGCUUUGAUCCCCGAUGGAACCCGGGCUCAUCCCGGUAUCCUCGAAUCCAUGAUGGCCGCCAUGGAUCCCGACGUCCAUCUUGUCUUGGCCCCCGUAGGCCCGACCCCAUUGCGUUGUGUGGGGCUGAGCGUCGAUUUACGUCGUUGGACUCUCCGCUAUGGGGCUGAAGGUGGUUGUGGGGCGGUCCGAGGCCCGGCCGCCAUCUUGAUGCGCUCGGAAGACUUCUUCAACCUCUCCUUCCCCACCCGGCGCCCGUCGGACGCCGCCAUCUUUGUACAGGCCGCGCUUCGCGGUUGGCGGCUCCGCGUCCUCCAAGAUGGCUUCCCUUCAGCUCCAUCCCCUUUAACGUCACCCCACGAGCUCUGGAAAGCCCGAAAUCUCCAAGAAAACAGACAUAAGAAACUAAUGGAAGACUUUGGAAUCAAAAUGGAGGUGAUGGAGGACGGCAAACGACGUUGGUACGGCUGCAACAAGGAGACGCCGCGGUGUUUCGGAACCAUCUUGUCCCGCACCCCACAGUAUCUUAUAGAGGGUCGUUGGACGCCGCCAUGUUGUUUAAAGGCCUUAAGGGAGACGGCGAAACACGUGGUGGGUGUUUUGGAAGGGUCCGGGGUGAGAUAUUGGUUGGAAGGAGGAUCGUUAUUGGGAGCCGUGAGGAUGGAGGACAUCAUCCCCUGGGAUUACGACGUGGAUUUGGGGAUCUAUAGGGCGGACGUGGGGAAAUGUCGAUGGCUCCGAGCGGCUCAAGACGGCCCCGUAGAAGACGAUGAAGGUUUUGUAUGGGAAAAAGCCAACGAGGGGGAUUUCUUCCGCGUCCAUUACAGCCGGAUCAAUCGGCUCCAUGUUGAUUUAUGGCCUUUCUACCCCAAAAACGGGGUGAUGACCAAGGAGACGUGGUUGGGGCACCCCCAGGACGUGGAGUUCCCUGAACAUUUCCUGCUCCCCACGGUCCCAUUGGCCUUCGCUGGGUUCACAGCCAUGGGGCCCAAUGACCCCCGGGGCUUCUUGGAGCUGAAAUUUGGGGCGGGGGCCAUCGAGGAACCCCAAUAUCCCAACCCUGCGGUGCUGAGGAUCCGGCGAGGGGAGCUGAGCCAAUAAACACCUGAUGGAUC